UCUUCUGAAUUAUAAUUGAAUGCCUUUUCUCUUCUGCCCAAGUGAGUUUAAUUUCUUUCUUUUUCACUGUUUCUUUCGUAGGGGUUCAGCUGUUGCAAAAAUAAUUGGUAAUAAUGUCAAGAAACUUAAGAAGUUUGCCUCUACAGUCAAGAUGUGGGUCUUUGAAGAAACAGUUAAUGGGAGAAAACUGACAGACAUUAUAAAUAAUGACCAUGAAAAUGUGAAAUAUCUCCCUGGACACAAGCUGCCAGAAAAUGUGGUUGCUGUCCCAAACCUCAGCGAGGCCGUGCAGGACGCAGACCUGCUGGUGUUUGUCAUUCCCCACCAGUUCAUUCACAGAAUCUGUGACGAGAUCACCGGCAGAGUGCCCAAGAAAGCCCUGGGAAUCACCCUCAUCAAGGGCAUAGACGAAGGUCCUGAGGGGCUGAAGCUCAUUUCCGACAUCAUCCGGGAGAAGAUGGGCAUCGAUGUCAGCGUGCUCAUGGGGGCCAACAUCGCCAGCGAGGUGGCGGCCGAGAAGUUCUGUGAGACCACCAUCGGCAGCAAAAUAAUGGAGAAUGGGCUUCUCUUCAAGGAACUUCUUCAGACUCCGAAUUUUCGAAUUACUGUGGUUGAUGAUGCAGACACUGUUGAACUUUGUGGUGCUCUUAAGAACAUCGUAGCCGUGGGCGCCGGGUUCUGCGACGGCCUCCACAGUGGAGACAACACGAAAGCCGCUGUCAUCCGCCUGGGGCUCAUGGAAAUGAUCGCCUUCGCCAAGAUCUUCUGCAAGGGCCAGGUGUCCACGGCCACCUUCCUGGAGAGCUGCGGCGUGGCGGAUCUGAUCACCACCUGCUACGGGGGCCGGAACCGCAGGGUGGCCGAGGCGUUUGCCAAAACUGGGAAGACCAUUGAAGAGCUGGAGAAAGAGAUGCUGAAUGGACAGAAGCUCCAGGGACCUCAGACUUCUGCCGAAGUGUACCGGAUCCUGAAACAGAAGGGGCUGGUCGACAAGUUCCCGUUGUUUACUGCGGUGUAUCAGAUCUGCUACGAAGGCAAACCCGUGCAAGAGAUGUUGUCUUGUCUCCAGAGCCACCCAGAGCACGUAUAAAGUGGCGCGUGCGUGCGGCGUGCUGGGGACCGUGCUGCCUUCCUGAUCGGUGUUCCCAUUCAGGUGGAAACUGGGACUUGGCAAUACGAUGUUCGCUUGACCAUAAUCCCAUCAUGGGUGUGUGUGUGACUUUUACCGGUUUGCUUUCGAAUUGCGAGAAGCAGUUUGUUGGCUGAGGUGUGUUGGGCAACAACUAGACGUGUGUGAACGUGUGUGUCUGUGUUCAUUUCUCAUGCUGUGGAUGUUUCUAUGAACCAAAAUUAAAGGUCCUUUUUAAAAAUUACUUUUGAAAACUUCCCACCGUGGUAGCUUUGCAGAUGGGAACUAGCUCAGCUAAAUUUUUUUACCAUGAAUCCAUAGGCAUUUGAGUGAAGGAAUUUUUUUUCUCAUCAUCUUGAUGUUAAAACUGAACCAGCAUUAACCUGGUAGAAUGGAGGAGUGCGUGUGUUCAAAGAUCAACAUACUGUAACUUAAACUCUCUCUCAGAGCCAGCAUAGUUAACUACUUCUAUUGUGGGUUGAUUUUAUUUUUUUAACAAUUAGAUAUUUUUAAUUAGGCGAUCCACUUAUGUAUCUUCCUCUUGCUGCAUUUUUAGCCUCUUUUCUCAUUAGCUGCCAGAACGUGCUUUCAUAAAGGCUCCGCGGUGGCGGAAGGCAGAAAAUGCAUCGGGGACUUUCCUGCAGUGACUGACACAGUCUUCUGAUUAAUGACACUUGUAUAAUGCUUUUUGGUAGGCAGACCUUUGUGCAAACAUUUCCUCUCAGAUCCACCGAGAGGGGCUCCUCUUUUAAGUGGCAGUCACUGUGCCCCAUCACCUGGCGGGUAGGGGCGGAGCUGGCAGUCAAGUCCAGUGUCCGCCCCCCACCAAGGGCUUCCAGCCGCUGGCGUUGGUGUGGGGCAUUGUCUAGAGGAUGCCACCCUACGUACGGUUCUUACUCCAUCAGCUUCACUUGGAGUCUCUUAGAAAUGCCGGUUCCCGGGCCCCACCCCUGACCUCUGAAACGGGGUGAGGUAUCUACACUUCGAUCUGCCUUCCAUGCCUUCCUGAUGCUCACUACAAUUCGAGAACCACUACUUUAGAAUUCUACCCAGAUUGGCACUUCUCAAACCAUGUUCCAUAGGAAACGAGUGUCCUGGGAUCACGCGCUGUUCAGGUGUCCUCUGGCAAGGUCAAGUGUGUCUGGGAAAAGCUGCCUCUGCACAUCCCUCUUGAAGGUGUAGAACGUGUGUCAGUGUGUCAGUGGGACUUCUCUAAGCCGGCAAGUCGCAAACACAGCAGACCACGGAGAUGUUUUUGGCAAAGAAACUUGCCGAGUUUUCAAGGGAACGGAGUUCUAGGCGGGGGUGAUCUGGGGACGGCUCCAGCGUCCCCUUCACUCCCUGCAAAAGUCCCUGUGGUGGUGUCAGCUCUGAGCUUUUAUAGGUCAGGCCUGCCGUGGGUCUUCGAUGUCGAUGAAGCUUUAUUUAAGGUGACACUGUCAAGUACAACCAAGCAGAUGUCAACCUCGCUGAAACGCACAUUAUGUCAAAUAAGUGCUUUUAAUUCUAGAAUUAGAAUGGAAUCACUGCAUCUUCUUAAAUGAGAUUGAUUUCAGGAUAGCAUUAUAGUUACCUUACAUAGCACUUGCUAAGUGUUAAUGGAACAUAUGAAUGUCACUUACAUAUUCAUGGAUUUUCAGUCACUUUGUAGGAUUUUUUAUUUUUUAUUUUUUUGCAGUUUGGGAUUUUUUCCCUUCUAUACCUAAAAUGACUAUAGAACAGAUUUUUGUGGGAAUUUUAAAAACUCAAUCCAAAAAAUUGGGGGGGACAUUUUAAAUCCCUAUACACAGAAGUAUAUGAAAACACACAAAAUCUACACGUUUUAUUGAUUUUAGUGCCACUGUUAAGUUAAUCAAUUUUGCUUGUCUCGUGAUUACUUUUUUAAAAUUUGUACAUAGGUAACAAAGAAUUACUUUUUCAGAUAUGUAAAGGGCUGUAAGCUAAUUGUGGUAUCUAUUAAGUAGAAUAAUGAGAUGUGAGGAGUUAGGAUUUUAUAUUCUCAUCUGCAUUCAGCUUCCUAAUCUGAGUUUUGUAUUUGAUCGUUUUUUCUUUACAAAUGUCCUCUCACCAAUCUGAAGUCUGCUGACCGAACCUCUUGAACAUACUUACGAUAUUCUGCACAUUAUGGCAAAAGACAAAUUUUACAAGUUUGUGCUCUGCUAACUGUAGAUAUUUAUUACUCUACGAGUUAUCUAUUUUUGUAACCACCUGUGGUCCAUCAUUUAUUUUAAUUCUCACUUCUCCGUAAUCAUGGUAAUAGGGAGGGAGACAUCUAGAAGAAAAGCUUACUUUGUACUAGUUCAGCCAAUCUGUGAAUGUAGAACUACACUGUUGCCUUGCUGUAAGCCAGCCUACUAUAAUGUGGAACAAAUAUCUGUCUUGAAAUCCAUCUGACCAGGUGGAGUUCAGCUAAAUUCCUGGUUAUUCAUUCAACUCGUAACUAACACCUGGCCGCAUGGCAUCGGCCCACGGAGGAGUGGGUGCCCGUGGACAAAGGGAUCUUGUAUUUUCCACUACUUCUAACCCCAGAGCCUUUUACUUACAUGCGAACUGUAUCUGUUUACAGACUGUACGUGGAUAUAAUUUAAAAGCUUGAUUUAAUAAACAUUUUAAUGCCCCAAACCUGUGCUACUGGCCCUUUUUUCAAAAAUUGGCUUAGUUAAGAGUUUUGUUUAUUUAGGUCGGCUCUUUUUUCCCUGAAUUGUGUGGCAUGAACAAUAAUAAAAAGGUACUUUUUUAAAGAAA